AUGGGGUAUUGGGUGCAUGCUAUUCAAAUUCCGUUAGAUCCUAACCACAAAUUAUCUGUAGCAUUUUCCCUUGAGAAAUCACGUGGAUUGAUGUCAGAAAUCCCGCAACUGCCUUCAGUCGUUGACUUAUCUUUUGAUCAUAGUGGAAAUAGGACUCAUUUUAACAUCGCCCAUUUUGAUAAUCUAGAUAUAUUCAUUAUAUCAACCAUUGGGAAAAUUGGGCAAAUUGUACAAGUUAUAUUUCCAUCAUCUGUGAUAACUUCUAGACUUCAGCCAACUCAUAAUAUUGAUUACGAUCUAAAAGUCUUAUUGGGUCCACCGUUGGAAGAUUUCGAUCUUCUGUUGAAUCGCAUUAUACGGGUUCUGGUUGAACAUAAAUUACGACGUAGUUUUGUGUUUGCUUUGGGCCUUGAUAACUUCAAUUUAAAUCAUGCAAGAAACUCAAUGAAUAUUUGUCGCGUAAAAGGCCUGUCCAUUGAUUUUCCAAAAUUAUUUGUCCAAAUUGAAUUCCGGUCGUUUUCCACAAGAAGUAAAUGUGCCGAAUUCAUUUUUUUGCCCAAAACUUCCUUCAAAAAAUUUGUGAAACCUCGAGAAAGAGCCAGAUUGGAUUCAGAACUCUCACAUAUCGCAAAAUUCAAUAAAUUUUAUGAAUGGCAGUUGAACGAACAAACUAGACAGUCAUUUCCAAUAUUUGAAAUUUUGGAUGGUCCACCUUAUGCAAAUGGUAGUGUACACGUUGGCCAUGCCAUUAAUAAGAUUUUAAAAGACUUUAUCUUACGUAGUCAGGUUUAUGGAGGAAAACGUGUUAUUUUUCGUCCUGGAUGGGAUUGUCAUGGACUUCCAAUUGAACUAAAAAUUGCUAAAAGCAACCAGCAAAAGAAAAUUUCAUCUUGUGAGUUGCGUAGUGCAGCUCGACAGUUUGCGCUGCAAUCUAUUUCAUCUCAAGAAAAUUCGUUCAGAAGAUGGGCUGUCUCAGCAGAUUGGGCAAACCCGUAUUAUACAAUGGAUAAAGAUUAUGUUGCGAAAGAAAUCAGAAUUUUUGGUGAAUUAUAUAGACGCAAAAUGAUUUAUCGAGCAUUCAUGCCUGUUUAUUGGUCUCCAAGUGCCUUAACUGCUCUAGCAGAAGCGGAAUUGGAGUAUAAAGACCAUAUCAGUACCGCUAUUUUUUAUCGUUUUGGGGUAAUAAAUUCGCAGUCAAUUUUGUUAAAAUGUGAAGCAGAUGAGCGACCAACAAAACUAUAUGCAUUAAUUUGGACCACUACACCAUGGACAUUACCAAUGAAUAAUGCAAUUGCGUAUCGAAAAGAUGCAGUUUAUGUGGUCAUAGAAUUAUGUGCUAAGGAGCAUUAUAUGCGUCCUGCACGUCAUUUGUAUAUUUUGGCAAAAGAUUUGGUUAGCAGUUUUGAGAAAGAAACGAAAAUUAAAACUCGAAUACUGUCUGCUUUUAUUGGUGCGGAACUAAAAGGUAUAAUGUAUCGAAGCACGAUGUUCAAUGAUCUGGCUCAACCUUUUGUAGAAGCAAAACAUGUAACUACAACUGUUGGAACGGGUCUUGUGCAUAUAAGUUUUGCUCAUGGUUUGGAGGAUUUCGAGCUAGCUUUACAACUUAAUGAAGAAGUCAGCUGCUUUGUGGAUGAACAUGGUCGUUAUAUGAGGCAUCUUGGACAUAAAUUGGAAGGUAAAAGUGUUUUGGAAGAAGGAAAUGAUGUCGUACUUCAGUUAUUUAAGAAGAAUGUAAUAUUUACAUCACCUUACAAACAUAGUUAUCCUUACGACUGGAGGACCAGACAGCCAGUAAUAAUACGUAGCAGUGAGCAGUGGUUCAUUGAUAUUUCCAAAAUUAGCAUGGAAGUAGUGAAAGCUAUUACCAAUGGAGCUCACAUGAUUGGAAGCCGUCAUUCAGAUAAGACGGAAGCUUUACUUGCACAGUUGAAGAAUCGGGUUGUUUGGUGUAUUUCACGGCAACGGCAUUGGGGUGUACCGAUUCCUGCAUUUUAUAGGGAAGAUGGUAGCAUCAUUAUAAGUCACGAAAUAGUCAAUGCCAUAGCUGAAAGGGUGGAAAAAGAUGGUACUGAUGUCUGGUGGCAAUAUAGUGCUGAUGAAUUAUUUCCUGAAAAAUUGAGAAAUAAGUACGGGAUUAGAAAAGAAGAACAGUUAAAAAAAUCAGAUGAUAUAUUAGACGUAUGGAUGGACAGUGGCAUUGCAUGGUCUUCAACGCGUCAAAGAACAGGACCCUGUGAUCUCAUCGUUGAGGGUUGUGAUCAAUUUCGAGGAUGGUUUCAAUCACUUUCAUUGAUCUCAUUUGCUUUGAAUAAUGAACUGCCAUUUAAAAACAUCUACGUACAUGCUUUCGCAGUUGAUGAAAACGGAGAAAAAAUGUCCAAAUCCCGAGGAAAUGUUGUCAAUCCGGAUUCGAUCACAGAUGGUUCGUUAAAUGAGGAGCCUUAUGGCGCUGAUGGCCUUCGUCUUUGGGUUGCGAAGUAUGGAUGUGAAGGUGACAAUGCGCGCAUCGGCCCAUCAGUAAUGAAAGAAAUCGCACGUAACUACGCGCAGUUGCGCAAUUCGUUUUGUUUUUUGCUUGGCGCAGUAAAUGGCUAUGAAGAAGGAGACAAAAGUUCUUAUGGAGAAAAUUUUUACAUCGAUAGAUACAUUCUGGACAGAUUAGCUCAGUUUACGCAAAAAUGUAUUCAAAACCAUAACGAGUUUCGUUUUCCGUUAAUGGUCAGCGAAUAUUUGCAAUUUCUGCAGCAUCCACUUAAUUCACCAUACAUUAGUUGCAUAAAAAAUAGAUUGUAUUGUGGAACUUAUCUUGAAAGACAGAAAACUCAAGAAACGCUUUCCAAAAUCGGGUUGAAUCUUGGAGCACUUCUUGCACCUAUAUUGCCUCAUUUAGUGACUGAAUUUUUUACACAUCAUCCUUCCAUUGAAGACCCUUCUGAUGCUUUAAGGCUAGAAACCAUUCAACGAUGUGACCGAUUUUAUUGUUCUGGUGAUCCUAAUGCAACAGAAUUGUAUGCCGUCAUAGACUUUGCUCUCGAUAUUCGAUCCAAAAUGUUCAAACAGAAUGAUAAAAACGAUGUCUCUCGGAAAGCAGUCUUGAUAACUGGUCCUGACGUUGUUCUGCAAAAGCUAUAUCCGUUACAAGCAGAUCCAUGUUCUUAUAAUUCAGAACUAGUAGAAAUUUUGGGUGUUUCUGAAGUUAAAAUGGAAACCGACAAUGACAGCGAGAUUGCCAUUCACUUUGUGCAGUGUGAUCGAGAGUUUUGUAAGCGAUGUAGAAGAAAUGUCAAGCUGAUGGAUGAAGAUUACUGCGAACGGUGUAGAAAAGCAGUAAAAGAAAAUGAAAUUAUGUCCAAAUUUGCUAUGGAAGUAUAGAG